UUGAAGGUGGAAGAUUAUAUUAUUGGCUAUUUGGGCGAGAGCCGUUCCGUGAAAGAACUCAUACGAGAGUUCUUGGAGAGGCGUUCGCAGGCACGUCAGAAAAAAGGACCUGUUGACAAGGAUGAUUUAACGCACCCGGCGCAUGCGGCCGAUGCAGUGAGCAUGAAUGCAACCGGAAGCAAAUCAGACAGUACUACCUCACAGCAACAAGUGACGGGUGGAGGAGGAGGAGGAGGAGGAAGAAAGAAGAAGAAAGGUGGCAAGGGGAACAAGCUGCUCGUUGAUGGUGCUUGUUUGGGCUUUAAAGGAACAGCCGAUCCAAAUCGAGUUAACGUUGGUGAAAUUGACACAGUUGGUGCAACCCAAAAGUGA